AUGAAGAUAGAAGAUCAAUCUACGAGCCCCAAGGACGAGGAUAUCCUCAGCCAAACGCAAGAUCCGUUGGAAAGAAGGAGAUUGCAGAAUCGCCUUUCUCAAAGAAACCACCGCCGCAAGAUCAGGGAACGCAUUGCAAAGCUUCAAGAGCGCGUUAUCGCCAACGAACUGAGAGCCGCAGCUGCUCUCAAUGGAUGGGAUCAACCAUAUAACCCCUCACUGUUCCCAAGGCCUCACUCAUCUUCGGAGAAUGAGCUCGGGUUAGCCUCGCGAGAUGUCUCCCCUUUCAUCCCAGACCAAUGUACUUCAUUCAUGCCGCCAUAUCCUCCAUUCUCGCAACCAUGGCCAAACGACUUGAACACAUUCCCACACGGAUAUCCAGGCGAUCUAUCCCAAUUCACUGGAGUCACCGAAGCAAGUCCAAUAUCUCCUGCAACGACGGCACCAGCACACAACGGCAUGUCACCACCUACCUCCGGUCUUGGUGGGGAUACAUAUCAGGAAAUGAUAGGUACCCCAGACUCCUUGAUGCCAGACUCCCUGUCUACAUCAGCGCCCAAUCAGCCGCUGUACUACGUUGCAACCGAAGAGGCAUUGCCGCAGAUCAUCCAAGUCAUCAACACCAUGUCUCCCCAAUACAAAGUCAUUGUUCUGGUUCCUCCCGAGUCCCCUGCAUCGGCUUCUAUGGCUUCGUUCCCUUCACCGACCUCUCCCUACGGCGCUGGCCAUAACGGGUCGGAUCAUGGUGUUGCAGCACAGCAGCCUACCUCACAAAAUCUGGCUUGCCUUUGUUAUCCUCAGAAUAUUCACUCUGGUGCUCCUGCGCACUGCGGUUCACGGCCAUGGAUGGGUGCAGGGUCAUAUGGGCAAAUUUGUCCUUUACACAAGACGGCCAAUUCAGUCCACCCGAGGGGAGCUUUUCCUGUUAGGAUGGUGUGA